AUGGCGAAGAGGAGACAAAGGUUCCCAUCUGUCUGCUCUACACGGAUAUCGAAACUAAAGAUCUUUAUCCCGCAUAAUACAGGUGGCAGGAUCACCGUGAUCAUCAGCUCUGAAGAGAAAACACAAGGUAUUGCCUCUGAAAUUCUUACGGUUGAAGGUGACCUUGGCCGCGGGCACGGACCCCCGCUGGGCCCGCUCCCACGGCCGGCCCGGGGCUCUUCUCCCCGGCCCGGCCGCGUCUUACCCGCGAUCCGGCAGCGGAGGGUCGUUUCUGACCUCUGGUUACUCCCUCUGUUGAAGGUGAGGGGUUUCCGUGGGAAAUCUCCCUCCGCGCAGAGCUCCGCGGCCAGCGGGACGCCUCCUGCCCUGAAUGAAUGGGCCCCGGGUGCUGGAUUCGGAUUAGGAAUUGUUUUCUCAGUCAUAUUCUUCAAAAGAAAGACAUGGCCUAUCGCUUUUGGCUCAGGGAUGGGGUUAGGAAUGGCUUAUUCCAAUUGUCAACAUGACUUCCAGUCUCCAUAUCUUCUCCAUGGUAAAUUUGUAAAGGAACAGUGACUAAUGACUAAGACUAUCCCAGUGGGAAGGAAGGAGAAAUCAAUGAUUAUUCCUCAGGAAUACUGAAGUGCCCCUGGAAUAAGCCAACAUUCUUCAGUGACGAUCACCAGUAACUCUUUAUACUCCAACAAACUGUUUCUGUACGUGAAACAAAGUUCUGUUGCUUGUUUUGUAUCGUGUCUGGAAAGUGCAAGGAAGAGCUCUUCUGGGAAAUAAAAAAAAGAAAAAUGGCCU